AAACAAAAAAAAAAAAAAAAAUAAAAAAAGAAUUAAAAGACAAAGAACCAAAAAAAAAAAAGUGUCGGUGGGUUCCUCUCUGUCUGUCUCAACUUUUUUUUAUUAUCAGUUCAAAGCCUAAAAUAAAAAAGUCGAAGUAAAAAAACUAAAAAGCAAAAUAGUGGAAGUCAAAAACCUGACAGGAAGAUAAAAAAAAGUUCAGGACUUAUAAAUCAUAAAGGCAAUCCACUCCAAUUUCUUAUAAUUAUUGCUAGUUUUUAUCAUUUGUCUAUACCAUUACCCUCAGUUUCAACCAUCACUAUAAUCCUUUCCAUUACUAGUUCAUAUGUAUUUUUGAAGAUAAGCUUGAAAAGAAAAAAAAAGUACAAGAAAACAGUUUCUUAAGUCAUAAUUAUUAUUCUAUCUCAUAUUAAGAAUUAUCCUUAUUUAUAUAAUUAAUUAUCAGUGCAUCCAUAUAAAACAAGUGUGAUAAGAAAUGAAUUAUAAUAAUCCAGGACACACCUACUAUUAUUCAUCAAAUGGUGGUGGUGCAUCAACUGCAACUGUUUCACCACCAAAUUCAACUCCUCAGCCGACCUUACCACCUAUAACUCAUCAUCAUCAACAUUUAAAACUUAAUCAUCCUCCACCGCAAAUUCAAGUAGGUGGACCAGGUUCACAGACAUAUAUGCAAUCUACAUUACCCCUUCAUCUUCAACAACAACAACAACAGCAGCAACAGCAACAGCAACAACAACAACAACAACAACAACAUAUACCUCUUCAUCUUCAACAACAACUACCACAAUCUCAACCAAAGGAACAACUGCCUCCAAUCUCAAAUAACAAUCCUAAUAACAACAAUACAUCUCCUCAUACUAACCCUGGUGGUAGUAGAAGAGGUCCAUGGUCUCCAUUAGAAGAUAAAAAGUUAUUAGAUUUAAUAGCUGUUUUUGGUCCUACGAAUUGGGUUAGAAUUGCAAAUAGUUUAUCAACUCGUACUCCAAAACAAUGUCGUGAACGUUAUCAUCAAAAUUUAAAACCUUCAUUGAAUAGAAGUCCAAUCACUGUUCAAGAAGGUGAAUUAAUCGAAUCCCUCGUGGCUAAAUAUGGUAAAAAGUGGGCUGAAAUAUCAAGACAUUUAAAUGGUAGAUCUGAUAAUGCCAUUAAAAAUUGGUGGAAUGGAGGUGCAAAUAGAAGAAGAAGAGCAAGUGUUGCCAAUACAAGUGGUGAUGAUAAUGGUAAUGGUGAUUUUUAUGAACAUGGAAAUUCAAGUCACACAAGUGUACCUGAUAGCAAUGGUUCAUCAAAUAAUUCCUCAAAUGUUAAUUUAACAAAUUCAAAUUUAACUUUGACUCCAACUUCUUCUGCUCCUCAAAAUGGUGCUACUACUUUACUCCCUCCCGCUCCAUCGCUUAUUUCUCAAGAACAACAAUUACAACAUCCUAUUACUAGUGAUACCGUAUUACCUAGAAUAUCGUUUAACACAUCCAUGUUUUCGCAUGAACAACAGUUACAACAGCAACAACAGCAACAACAACAGCAACAACAGCAGUUACAAGCACUGUUCCAACAACCGCUUCCACCACAACAAUAUCCACCAUUCACAGGAGCACAACCAGCUCCUCCACAACACCAUUUGCCUCAAUCAUCUAUUAAUAAACCAAGCACCCCACCACCUCAAGGAUUGACUUCACAAAAUUCGCCUUUGAAACCUACAUCAUUAAGAUCAGCUAGUUUUGAUUUCAAUUCGAGUUCCACUACAUUACCACCAAUUUCAAAUAAAAGAAGAUUAUUAGAUGAACCUUUAAAUACUUCCAGAAGGCAUUCUACUACAACUAAUUCGGUAACAUAUCCUCAUUAUGCUCAUUCAGGUCAACACCCUCCAAAUCUUUUGACUUCUUCCCACCCAAAUUUAGCUAAUACGUUAAAUUCACAUUCUAAUCAUACAGGUGCUGGUAAUAUUUCACCUUCAUAUUAUGGAUCUCCAUUAUUAUUAAGUACACAAGUUUCGAGAAAUAAUUCAAUUUCUCAUUUCGAUUUCUCGACUUUGAAUUCAACCAAUAAUUCAUCAAGAAGGUCAUCAAGCAUCGCUCCUGAUUUCUUUCCAAAUCCUUUAAAAGAAUCAGCAAAUGGUAAUGCUGCUGCUCCUACUACAAGUACUAAUAAUAGUGGUGGACAUAAACGUAAUAUAUCACAAAAUUCUUCAUUCAAUUCUCCAUUGUUAACUCCUUCAACUAGAUUUUCGGUCUCCUCGACAACUUCAGUCUUAAAUAAUAACCUUACAAGUACUAAUGGUGGUACUAAUAUAAGUAUACCUGGUUUUACAGCUUUGUCAAGCAAUACAUCUCCGAUGACAGGACUUAAUAAAACCACCUCAAAUGAAGGUUAUAACGAAGACAAUUUGAAGCAUAAAAAGGACGCAUCCACUAACAAUAUAGAUACUAUUAUGGUGGAUAAUGAUAAUGACAAUCCUAAUCAAUUAAAACCAGGUCAAAGCAGAAAGGGGAGUGCCACUAAGAUUUCAGUCUCAAGUUUAAUUGAUUAAUUAUAUCUUCACAUCUUCUAUUCCGGUCAAAUCUGUGUUUCAAAUAUUAUUUCUGAUAUUCUAAUACCCGGCAGGUUCAUAUUUCAUGCGCAUACAAUUUCAAAAAGUUUGUUAUAAGUAAUUUCGACUUAAUUUUCUUUAUUUUCAAUUGUAUUAUUCAUUAAGUUCGGUAUUAUGGUUUGAAUUUUACUUUCAUCUUUAUUUAUUUUUGUUUUCUAUAUAUCUUGAUUUGUUUUUUGUUUUUGUUUGGUUACCAGUGAUCUCCUGGUGUAUGCUUUUUUUUAAUUUACUUAAUGUUGAUAAUGAUUUGGUUAUGACAAACAAUCAUUGGAUACUUAAUGAUAAUGAACCCUAUUCUAGCUUACUUUAAAUAUGGUAAUGUUUAUACUAGUUUAAAUAUAUAUAUAUAUAUUAUUGGCGCUUAC